AUGAACUUUUACAGCCGGAAAUUUUUCCGGGGGGCAUGGCGUGCGGGGAACGGGACCACGACGUGCGGGGAACGGGCGCCCAGCGGGCGUGGAACGGGCACCGGCGGGCGCGGAACGAGGGCCCAACGUGCGUGGAAUGGGCCCGGCAUGCGUGGAACCGGCCCCGCGUGCGUGGAACGGGGCCGGCGAGCGGGGAAGGGGCCUCCGGGGUCCGUGGAACGGGCCUCCGGCGUGCGGGGAAGGGGCCCCCGACGUGCGUGGAACGAGCGCCCUACGUGCGGGGAACGGGCCCCCGGCGUACGGGGAAUGGGCCCCCGGCGUGCGUGGAACGGGCCCGGCGUGCGGGGAAUGGGUGCCCCGCGUGCGUGGAACGGGACUCCGACAUGCGGGGAACAGGCCCCCGACGUGCGUGGAACGGGCGCGUGCGGGGAACGGGUCCACGACGUGCCCCUGUGCGUGCGGGGAAUGGGCCCGUCGUGCGGGGAAUGGGGGCCCGUCGUGCGGGGAACGGGCCCCGCGUGCGGGGAAUGGGCCCGACAUGCAGGGAACGGGCGCCCGGUGUACGGGGAACGGGGGCCCGGCGUGCAACAGGAAUGGGCGACGUUCCCGUGA